AGGGAGGGAAGAAGGAAAACCCCGUCGCUGAAUCAGACCAGUGGUCCAGCUAGCUCAGUAUUGCCUGCACGGGCUGGCAGCAGCUCUCCCAGGGCUCUUCCCGGCCCAACUGGGGAUGGAGCCCGGGACCUUCUGCAAGCCGAGCAGGUGCUCUGCCCGUGAGCCUCCUCCCUUCCCCCGAAGCGUGGGAAUCCGCCUCCCACUGAAUCUUGCAAAGGAGGCGACUGGAAGCGCACAAUGGAAGUUUCCACAAAGCUCCCUGCGCAGCCCCAGUCCAUUGUUCAGAGCAAGAGUGUUGCCCACACGGACUGGCAGCGGCCCUCCCCGAUGGCAGGCACCGGCUCUUCUUCCCCAGCAAAACCUGGAGGUGAACCCAGGACCUUCUGCAUGCCAAGCAGCCACCGCCCUUCCCCACGAUGCCCAUCGUUCGCUGCCCUCCUGAUCACUCUGCCUGGGCCUAAAAGUCCUGAUGACACCAAUAGGGCUGGUUGGAAUCAAAUUUUCAUUCUCUUCCCAGGCUCUGCCUGCCUCCCUUCCUUUUUGUUCUCUGCCAUCCCUGGCUGGAUUUCUUCUCUCCCCUAGAGGCCCUUCCCCUGCCUUGGGAUUCCCUGCCUCCCUGUUUCCGGGAGACCCCUGCACCCAAAGGCCCUUUGCGCUCAUCACAGCUCCCUUUGGGGCUGAAUCUGGCAAGUGUGGGGCUGUUGGGGGGGUGACGGCUUUUCUUACCUUUCUUCCUUCCAGCUCAGUGGCAGACUCCUUUCCCUGGCUGCAACCAUCUGCGUUGCACUACCCGUUCAGUCCCGGUGUCUUCAGGUAAAGGCUGAAACCUCGGAGAGCUGCUGCCAGUUUGUGUUGGAAAUACCGAGCUGAAUGCAACAGUUCCUGUGUUCCCAUCCAUGCAGAGUUUCACCAUGGCACUCGCACAAAGCGCGUGUUUUAGGGUGUUUCCUUUUCUCUGCUAAGCUGGGAGUUCCCUUUUGGAGGAUGCCAGUUGGAGGGUUUGGUGAUCUUUGAGGAGGCGGCCGUGUGUUUCACAGAGGAGGAGGGGCCCUCCUGGAUCCAGGCCAGAGGGACAUCAUGGAGGAGAAUUACAGGAACCUGGCCCUUCUGGGUGAUCAGAAGGAGAGCAGUCAAGAGAAUGAACCCCAGAGAAUUAAAACUGAAGCAGAAGAAAAUGUGAGGAAGGACGCUGUUGUUCCAGAUGGUGCUAGCUUCAAUGAAAUUUCAAUGCUGGAAGGACUUUACACAGGCAAGAAAGAAAAAAACGUCUCUCUUUGUGCAAAAAGCCCAAGAAGACUAUCAAGCCUUAGCACCAUUGGAAGAAAACAUGAUGGGGAUGAACGGUUUCAAUGUUCAGAGUGUGGAAGGAGUUUCAAAUACAAAUCACAUCUUCUUGUACAUGAAAGAAUCCACACAGAAGAUAAACCGUAUAAAUGUUCAGAGUGCGGAAAGAGUUUUUGUCUGAGUUACAACCUUCUAACUCAUCAAAGAAUCCACACUGGAGAAAAACCAUAUAAGUGCUCAGUGUGUGGAAAGAGUUUCACUCAGAGCAGUACGCUUUUUAAUCACCAAAGAAUCCACACAGGAGAGAACACACAUACAUGUCCCAGUUGUGGAAAGUGCUUCAGCCAGAAAAUUGACCUUCUUAGUAAUCAAAGAUUCCACACAGGGGAGAAACUGUAUAAAUGCUUAGAGUGUGGAAAGAGCUUCACUCAGAGCUCUUCACUCAGAGGAGAGAAACGGUAUAAAUGUUCAGAGUGCGGAAAGAGUUUCCGUCUCAGCUCCAACCUUCUUACCCAUCAAAGAAUCCACACUGGAGAAAAACCAUAUAAGUGCUCAGUGUGUGGAAAGAGCUUCACUGACCGUAGUAGCUUUUCUCGUCAUCAGAGAAUCCACACAGGAGAGAAGCCGCAUAAAUGUUCCAAUUGUGGAAAGUGCUUUAGCCAGAACAGUCGCCUUCUUAGUCAUCAAAGAAUCCAUACGGGGGAGAAACCGUAUAAAUGCUUAGAGUGUGGAAAGAGCUUCACUCAGAGCAGUACGCUUUUUAAUCACCAAAGAAUCCACACAAAGAAGCCACAUAAAUGUUCCAGUUGUGGAAAGUGCUUCAGCCAGCAAAGUGACCUGCUUAGUCAUCAAAGAAUCCACACAGGAGAGAAACCGUAUAAAUGCCCAGAGUGCGGAAAGAGCUUCACUCAUAGCAAAAGUCUUCGUAGUCAUCAGAGACUUCAUGCAGGUGAGAAACCAUUUAAAUGUGCCGAGUGUGGGAAAAGCUUCAGUCAUGGCAGCAACCUUACUUAUCAUGAAAGAACCCACACUGGUGAAAGACCUUAUAAGUGCUCAGAGUGUGGAAAUAACUUCACUGACCGUGCUGGCCUUUCUCGUCAUCAGAGAAUCCACACAGGAGAGAAGCCACAUAAAUGUUCCAUUUGUGGAAAGUGCUUCAUCCAUAACAGUAUCCUUCUUAGUCAUCAGAGAAUCCACACAGGGGAGAAACCGUAUAAGUGCUUAGAGUGUGGGAAGAGCUUCACUCAGAGCAGUACGCUUUUUAAUCACCAAAGAAUCCACACAGGGGAGAAGCCGUAUAAAUGCUUAGUGUGUGGAAAGAGCUUUGCUCAGAGCAAUGGCCUUCGUUAUCAUCAGAGGCUCCAUACAGGUGGGUGUGAGAAAAGCUUUAUACACAGGGGAGAAGAUUGUGUAAACAACUGUUAAAUGAUAUGGGUCUACCUGUGUUGGAGCCAAUCGCAAUGUUUAAGGACAACCAGACCUGUAUUCAUACGUCCAAGAAAGUCGCAACAGAGAUCUAAACACGUGGAUGUCAAAUAUCAUUAUGUAAGAGACCACGUGGAACAGAAACCAAUUGAAUUACGAUUCUGCUUCACAGAAAAAAUUCUGACAGAUAUACUGAUAAAGGCUCUUGCAGCGUGUAAAUGUGAAUAAUGGGUGAAACGGCUAGGUUUUCUGCCAGCAAAUGAAAGCCAAUAUCAUGAACAAAAUUAAAGAAGGGGUGUUUGAGUAACUGGAUAUGAGAAAGGGUUAAUUUCCUUUAUGAGUGUAAAUCACCCCUGGGUGAGCUAAACAAGGUGCAAGGCCAGCCAAGCCAGGUGCUAUGGUCAUGACCCAGUGCCCCUAUAUCUGUGGUUAAUGCAUGUCAGCUCAGUAGUAGAGUCUAUUUGUUGUCCAGUGUUAUGUCCUGAAUUGGUGAGUUUACUUAGAAUAAUGGAAAUGCCUUGUACUCGUAUGUAUCUGUAUAUAUCUGUAUCUGUAAAGCCUACAAGCUGUGUAUAUCUAUGUCUGGAACUGUUUUACUGAGCCUCAUCUUCUGCAACAGUAAACUAUUUGGAUCUUAA